CUGAGAAGAGAAAAAAUGCGUGAAUGUAUCUCAAUUCAUGUGGGCCAAGCUGGGGCUCAAAUUGGUAACGCAUGCUGGGAGCUGUACUGCCUGGAACAUGGGAUCCAGCCAGACGGACAGAUGCCCACUGACAAAAUUGUUGGAGGAGGAGACGACUCCUUCAACACCUUCUUCAGUGAGACACGAGCAGGAAAGCAUGUUCCCAGAGCAAUCUUUGUUGACCUGGAACCUACAGUUAUAGACGAGGUGCGCACGGGAACCUACCGUCAACUGUUCCACCCUGAGCAGCUGAUUACAGGAAAGGAGGACGCUGCCAACAACUAUGCUCGUGGACACUACACCAUCGGCAAGGAGGUCAUAGAUCUGGUUCUGGACAGGACACGCAAACUGGCUGAUCAGUGCACUGGCCUGCAGGGAUUCCUCAUCUUCCACUCUUUUGGUGGAGGCACUGGCUCAGGUUUCACCUCCCUCCUGAUGGAGAGGCUCUCUGUUGAUUAUGGGAAAAAGUCAAAGCUUGAGUUUGCCAUCUACCCAGCCCCUCAGGUUUCCACAGCAGUGGUGGAGCCUUACAACUCCAUCCUGACCACCCACACCACCUUGGAGCACUCUGACUGUGCCUUCAUGGUGGACAAUGAAGCCAUCUAUGACAUCUGUCGCAGGAACCUUGACAUCGAAAGGCCGACCUACACCAACCUUAACAGGCUCAUUGGCCAGAUUGUGUCCUCAAUCACAGCCUCACUUCGCUUCGAUGGAGCCCUGAAUGUUGAUCUGACAGAGUUCCAGACCAACUUGGUGCCCUACCCUCGUAUCCACUUCCCUCUGGCCACUUAUGCCCCAGUCAUCUCCGCUGAGAAGGCCUACCAUGAGCAACUAUCUGUGGCUGACAUCACCAACACCUGCUUUGAGCCAGCUAAUCAGAUGGUAAAGUGUGAUCCUCGUCAUGGUAAAUACAUGGCGUGUUGUUUGCUGUACCGUGGUGAUGUGGUGCCCAAAGAUGUCAACUCUGCAAUUGCUGCCAUCAAAACCAAACGCACCAUCCAGUUUGUGGACUGGUGCCCCACAGGUUUCAAGGUGGGCAUCAACUACCAGCCUCCAACUGUGGUUCCUGGCGGAGACCUGGCCAAGGUGCAGAGGGCUGUGUGUAUGCUGAGCAACACCACAGCCAUUGCUGAGGCCUGGGCCCGACUCAACCACAAGUUUGACCUCAUGUAUGCCAAGAGAGCCUUUGUUCACUGGUAUGUUGGGGAGGGCAUGGAGGAAGGAGAGUUCUCAGAGGCCAGAGAAGAUAUGGCUGCUCUGGAGAAGGAUUAUGAAGAGGUGGGCACUGACAGCAUGGGAGAGGAGGAUGAAGGAGAGGAAUACUGACUUCAAUCCAGAGUGAAUGGAUUUUUCCUAGUUUUAAAAUUGGGCCUUUUUUUUAGUGAAAGUAAAUGUAUCAAAUAUAUGACUACGCCAACAAAGCUGCAAUUUGUAUGAGAAAAAAUUACAAAUUUUAACAAUCCAUAUUUCACUAAAACAGAGUAAAAUCAGUAAAGUAUCUUCCACUAUAUGCAGAUUACCACGACAAAUUCACAAAUCAAACUAAAUCUUAAACCUGAGCUUGACAUUUCAAUUGUCAUUUUACCAUCUAAAAAGAUUGUGUUUAUAUUCAUAAAAUAAUAUAACAUUCUUUGGGUGUUCAAAGAUCUUUUCCUCCUGUGGUUUCUGCCUGCUUUAACCAAGCUCUUUCUUUUGCACCUCCCCCCACUAUCCUCUCCCAUGAGGAAUGCAAGUUAUGAAAGGGGUUCUAUGUCAGCGUCUAUAUACCAUUCAGCUGUGACUCUGAGAAUGAAGCAAGAGAAAAUAACUGACGGACUCUGGCUGGUGCUGCUUGUGUAGCUCAUACUCAGACUGUAGCCUGCAGCAACAAUAGAAUCCCAGUUCAGUUUUGUAUGAAUCACUGCACAGUGAUUCGAACAGAGUGGCUAAAAAGUUGCAUUACAAA